AAGCUAAAGCCAGCCAUCCUGCUCUUCCAGUUGCACACUCGAGUCAAGUGUAGUAACGGGAUAAUCUCUGACCGGACCGAUCCACAGACGCAACCCAUACCGCCAGGUCACACGCCCCGUGUUGUUGUUUCAUCAUCAAUUCAAAAACCAUCUAUUUUCUUCGCAUCUAAUAUGGCCGGCCACAACUCACCAACAGCACCCUCUCAGUCCAGGGAACGACAAAGCGGCAGUGUUAUAGCACUGGAAGGUCCAGAAGAGAUUGUCGCUACGCAGCUAUACCUACUCCCUGCUUCACCCCAGAUCAUCGUCCUCCCAAAAAUCGAGCAUUAUAUACCAACAUCUCCGAUAUCACACGACCAAGAACAGUCACGUCACAAAUCCGAUCCUCGAAAAAUCAUAUCGACCAUUCACAACGCAGCCAAGCGAAGGCAUUCGGUGGCUAUGGAGUUCCUUCAACACUCCACGGCAGAAAGAAAGCGGGCCGUUUUCCUACAAGGGGGUACAUGCGGUGCUAAGCUCAUGUGUCUGGAUGCUAUUGGAAAGGCUUACACGGCAGGCAAUCUGGAAAAGGCGGCAGCCAUCUUUGACCGACUAAUGAGCCAGGGUCUCAAGAGCCUUGAAGACGAUGGAGUUGAUGUUGACUCGAUCAUCGACCCGAUAUCGAGUGACACGUGGGUCGGGAACCCCGAUGCCAAUAAGAAUGUUCGGGCAAACAAGGGUACCACAACCAAUGGAAGAGAGGAGGAGGACGACGACGACAUGGAAGAUCCAAUCACAAAAGCCAUGCGGGCUGCUGAUGCGCUCGAUAGGGAAACAGAAAACCUUCAGCCGCCGAACCAUGACGCUGGCCUCGGCGUGGACUUCGAAUUGAUGAGGCCACGAAGCUUAAGCAUGUCCGCCGUUGGAUUUAUGGCUGUCGCUCGCGACAUGGUGAUCCGUGAGAGGGAAGUCGGUUCGGACAUGUCAACGGCCGCAAACACAGACGUAUUCCAGUUGCUCCCAUCACCACUUCUCUUCCCGUCGAACCCUGCAAUCAAAACAUCUUCCUUGGUAGUUUCUCCUCCGCACAACACUCAGGGACAGCUUAAGAAAGCUAGAUCUUUUCCGCUUCCCGAGAACCUGAAAGACGUCAAAUUCAACUUCAAAGUGGAUUAUGUCGGCAAUGCGCAGAUGGAUUCCGUUGCGUCCAAAGCCUUUGCUCAACCCUGGCAUGCAAGGAAGUUGACAGAUGACGCAGGUAUUGGCGCCGCGACCACGUUGCUGGGAUCAGGUCUUGGUACCGAAGAUAAAGACCGAGAAUGGGACGGCACAGCGAGCGUAUCUAAUUACUCAACUGCCACCCCUACAGCCCACGAUGCAACCCACGAUGCAACACGAGAUGCAACACGAGAAGCAAUCCACGUGGGAAGCCACGCGAGGGUAUCUUCCAAACCGCCAGGACUCAACGUCUCGCUUCGAAAUUUCGAGAAGAAGCCAAAGGCCCUCGAAGGGCUGGACCAUGAGGACAGUGUCAUCGGAACCAAAGGUCGAACAUCAUCAGAUGAAACGGCACCUUUUGAGCCCCUUCUACCGUUCAAUGAGCAUUACGUGAUCCACUUGUCAAACGGCAAACCUGAUGACCAGUUCGGCUUCGUGUCCGGUCGGUACAAAGACGGCUUCGACUCCAUUCACCCACCUCCCACCUCGACCGAUUCGCUCAAUAUUGAUGCGACCGCCGUAAGUCCUCGUCCUGAGGAAGAGCUGAAGGACAUGACUCCCAGCGGAAACAACAUUUAUCCCGCUUCCGAGUAUGACCCUUAUCGGUACGAAGAACAGCUCAGGCCGCAGUCAACCACACCUGGCUAUGUCUUCCCCGCCUCCUUUCCGGUCACACCGUCAGCAAGCAGGUUCCAUGACCUUUCUACCCACAACAAGACUGCCGUGUGGGUUCAAAACACCAUUCGAUCGGUCCUUGACGUCCAUACCCCAAUCGAGGAGAUUGACUACCUGUCUCCGGACAUUGACUCCCCGGAUCCACAGUUGCGCAGUCUCUGGGAGCCUUUAAUGUGCGCCGAAACGGAUCAGCCAAAGGGGGAGAGGAACGUCGAUCUCAUCUUGGCGAUUGGCGCCGAGGAUGGUGUCAAAAAGAACUUCAAGCAAGGAGUUAUGGCCAAAAUUGAGCAGCUUGGGUUUUCUUCCCAUGGUGAUGGAAUGUCGCGGAGCGGCCGAUUGGGUUUGCGAUAUUUGAUUGGAAACGCUAUGCAGACCUUUACCUCCCAGCCGCUGACCCAGCAGUCCAAGGAGAACCCAUUCUCCAACCCCACACUACUGGCAAGCCUCAUCAUUCCCCAUGUCGACACUUACUUGCGCGGAAACGACAACGUUCGCUUUCUUCUCAUCGAAUACCCCGUUGAGCACUUGUCUACCAUGCUGGCUAUGCAGAAGCUUAUGGGGAGCCAAGUCAUGAAGGUGGCUGGGAUUUCCAAGGGGACCGACCAAACAAUAUUUUCGAUGGCCGAUUAUCGAGUAUCGUCCGUGGCAUCUGUAGCCGAGGUUUCUGAAUGUGUUGAAGCGAUCCGGGACACUUUGGCCUUGAUCUCGGACUUUUACAAGCCCCAGACGAGUGAUGUUGUGCCAACGUCUCCAGCCACCGAUGCUGUCCAGAAGGAAAAGGAGAUCACAGCGAGGUCCUUGAGCACCAAGAGUAGCAACCUGACGAAUCCCAGCAUCGCACCUCUACUCCCACCACAACAACACUCACCACGACACAAGCCAUCACCGGUUGCUAUAUCAGCAUUUGCCGCCAUGUCAACUCCCCCUCCGCCUCUUCUUCCUGCCUCUCCGGCGGACACCUACAAUCACACUCACGCCUAUAUCCAUAGUAAUUGCCAGAACCAUGGCCACGGGCCCGUCCAUGCCUACAUGCCCACAGCAGCCAUUCACCUACCGACCCGCUCCAUCUCCCCUCCUCCCUGCUCUCACUGCUCGUCGACUUUCAGCACGUCGAUGACUCGAAGCAACACUCUCAUAAGCCACGGCACAGUUUCCGUGGCAAGCCCUAGUGUCGUCCUACCACAAUCUCCCCAUUCCAUAACCAGAGCGACUUCCCAACGCCCAAGCAUCAGCGGCGGCAGCAAACCGACGCCAGCAUCGCCCUCCGGAUCCCACACCAUCAGUCCGCGGACCAACAUCCCAGCCACCAUCGGCACAGCUACUACCUGUGUAGUACAGCAAAAGCCACCACCAACUCUCGUGCCCAUCGUGACCACAUCCUCUGCGACACCGGGCGCAGCAGCGCCGCUGACCACAACGAGACUCCAAUCCCCCCUCUCCCUCUCCUCCGGCCCUUUGUCGUCUAGCGCAUCCACCUCCUCGCACCUCUCGAUCAGAACCGACUUCAACACCGACGACGACAAUCCCGAUUCUGAAGCCGAAGAUGACGACGACGACCAAGUCGGAUCCGACGAAGACCCCUUUGACUUCUUCGACAUUGACGCUGAAGAGCGUCGACUGAUGCCCAUGUUUUUGAAAUCACAAAUCGAGGCCCAUGUCGCUGCUUCCGGCGCUGCCACCGGCGGCGGAGCUACCAUGGGACAUCGGAGCCCCGUGGGUGGGAAUAGGGAGUUGGUAGAUUUGGAGACGUUGUUGGGUGCCGGAAGGAAGAAUUUUGGGGAGAGGUUUGCUAGUGGGCAAGGAUUGCAGUUUCCCCUUCCGCCUGACGAAGUCCUUGGUGGUCGUGGCAGCGUGGACAGUGAGAAGAGAAUGAUCGGCGGCGAGAGACAACAUGGUAGCAUGGGAAAGAAGCAGCAGCAGCAGCAGCAGCACAAGAAAGGAAGCAAGAAGCCCAUCACUGGUAGGAACAGUACCGAGACUGGGUCAGUCAUAGGCCUAGGGGCACUGGCGACAGCGCUGGAGGCGGAAGAAGCUUGGAAACCCAGCAAAGGCUUGAAAGAGAGGAGGAAGAACAACAAUCCCGCGCCCUUCAGGCCCAUGACCCCGAACCCAGGUAAUGGCGGCGGAAACAACAUGUACACUCGCCCGAUGUCAAGGAGAACGACCACAUCGAUGAAUGACCAACGGAAAGGCUCCCUUCAUUCUCCGGGAGCGAUGACACAUAUGGGGGGAGAGCAGAGCAAGGCUUUGAAGUGGUUGGGACUGGCUUAGUCCUCUUCACUCAUAUCAUCACAAUGGGACUCAUGUAGGUAUUCUUCUUGUGAAUUUGAAGAUAUGGAUUACUAGAUCGUAUCUCGUUUUACUUAUGGCCUAUGGAGCAAGGAAUGAAGCAGAGGGAGCAGGAACGGAAGAUACCCGGGCAGAGACGGAAGUUGAGGGAGAUUAUGAUUUUUCUUUUGUAGGGAAGGAUUGAGGAUCAACCUUGGUUGGGCCGGGCCAGACCAACUAUGCUUGUUCGCAAACAUUUUAGUUUACUGUUUUUUAAUCGUAGAUAAUUUCACUCUCGGAGAAUUCGAAACGGAAUUGUGUUUA